AUGGUUUUCGAUCCGAGAACGUUGGAUAAUCCGAAGGAAAUCAGUGCCUACAGAGAUCAAAGAUACUCGGUACGUCUUUUUGAUUUUGAUUCCAAUGCGCAUUGAUUCGUUUCAGGGUUCAGUGAAGGAUCAGGAGAAUGCUCUGCGCAACUCGUGCACUUUGUACGUCGGAAAUCUGUCGUAUUACACGAGAGAAGAUCAAGUUUACGAGCUGUUCGGCCGGGCCGGAGACGUACGGAGAGUGAUUAUGGGACUGGAUCGAUUCAAGAAAACACCGUGCGGAUUCUGCUUUGUCGAGUGGGUUAUUCAAUCGAUAUAUCAAUUGUAUUCACUUUGUUUACAGGUUCUACACUCGGGAAGACGCCGAAGUGGCUCUGCAGAACGUAUCGAACACAAGGCUGGACGAUCGGAUCAUCCGUGCCGACUGGGAUGCCGGAUUUGUCGAAGGAAGACAGUACGGAAGAGGAAAACACGGAGGACAGGUAGGCGACCAUCGGAAAGAGGAAUAAUAUGGGCGAGUUUGUCAGGUCCGUGAUGAGUAUCGCAAGGACUUCGAUCCCGAGAGAGGAGGUUACAACAGGGUGCUCGCUAUGAGAGGUAAUUGAUCCGAUCGAAGCCAUUGUGCUGAAUUCAAGCUGUUGCAGGCGAUCGCUGA